AUGGCCUGCUCCUGCAACAACAAGCCCUCUUCGCUCGUUCCUGCCGAACUUCAGCAGGAAUUGAGCGACCCCAACCAUCCAGCGAACCUCAUUUGUGAGCUUUGUCGUUUGUUCUAUGAUCUCAAUUGGGUCACUGGAACCGGUGGUGGGAUCUCUAUUCGAGACGUGGAGGGUCCCAAUCCGAACUUGGUGUAUAUUGCCCCAUCAGGAGUCCAAAAAGAACGGAUCCAGCCGUGGGAAAUGUUUGUGGUAGACUUACCAGACACUAUUGUCCGUACACCAAAUGAAUGUCCCAAAGAGUUGACCAAAUCCUACAAAUACAAGCCAUCUGCAUGCACUCCGUUGUUUGUCAGCUGCUACACAUUGAGAGAUGCUGGAGCGUGUAUUCAUACCCAUUCACAAAACGCAGUAAUGAUCACUAUCUUGCUCGAACACGAAAAAGAGUUCGUGAUUAACCACGUUGAACAGAUCAAAGCCUUGCCUCGGUUGGAGUACAACGAAUCCACCAAGAAGGUGGAAAAGGUGGGAAGCAUGGAAAACUACGAAAAGUUGGUGAUUCCUAUCAUUGAAAAUACGCCUCACGAGGAGGACCUUACCGAGACCCUCGAAGAGGCCAUCAGGAACUAUCCUGGGACAUCUGCGGUUUUGGUGAGAAGACACGGGAUCUAUGUCUGGGGUGAGACUAUUUGGAAAGCCAAGGUCUAUAAUGAAGCCUUGGACUAUUUAUUGGAGUUAGCUGUGAAGAUGAAGUUGGCCGGUAUUUCUACCGUCAGGGAGUAA